CGCCAUGCCCGUCAAGUGGGGGAGGAUCCUGCACCCCCACAUGCCCCACAUGCCCCACUUCCCCCACCUCCACUUCCCCCACCUGCACCUCCACCACCACCACCACUCGCCGCACUCGCCGCUGUUGUCGCCUACCCUUUCUGGUCGCCGUGCGUCCGUUGCUCCUGAGGUGACCCAGCCUCCUACAUACUUAGUCCCAUAUCAAAGGAGCAAGAGUCGCAGUGUGGACCAUGGCUUCUCUCCGCCGUUCGACUUGGACUCGCUGCGCCACUCCGUCGACAACCGCAUGCAGAGCGCGGAGAAACUGGCGCGUGCAGACUCAGAUGGCGCGAGCGGCUCUAGCAGGGACCCAUCGGACAAGAAGAUGGGGCGUCACCUACAGCCCCUUAACACCAUCACCUACACGGUGAAGGCCUCGGACACGCUGACGUCCGUGGCCGCCCGCUUCGACACGACGCCGUCCGAGCUGGCCAAGAUGAACCGGCUGGCGACGCGGCUCGUCUUCCCCGGCCAGGUGCUGUUCGUGCCGGACAAGAAGGGCGCCAAGCAGGCCCCGGGCGCCACCCUGGACACGUCCCUCGACGGCCAGGACUCGGAGGGCGCCGAGGACGGCGACGCGUCGUCGCCCAAGCCGUCGUCUGGCGACGCCCCGGAGCACCAAGAAGGCCGCAUAUCAUCUGGUGGUCCAGGGCGUGCAGAGAGGAUAGGGGAGCACAGCAUUCAUGCUCCAACACGCUCACGAGAUCUGGAACGUUUCCUCAAGAUCACUGUUCGUCAUAUUACCGAUGGACAGGGUGUUGUUAGUGGAGUCCUUCUUGUGACUCCAAAUGCUGUGAUGUUUGACCCUAAUGUAUCAGACCAGCUAGUUAUUGAGCAUGGUCCUGAAUCGUACGGAGUAAUAGCACCAAUGGAGUUCGUUGUAAAUGCUGCUAUAUAUUAUGAUAUUGCUCAUAUGAGGGUUGGCAAUUCAGAUGCACCAAAAGGAGAUGCUACCAAACCAGAAAUUUAUCACCCUAAAGACAGUAAAUCUGCAAAGGAUGCUGAAACCCAUGGUGUUGAUGACAGUUCAAUUUCACCAGGAAAAGAGUCAUUACUAGUCAAGGAUGAGACGUUCCCAGAGCUGGCUCCUGGAAGGUUGUCCACAGAGGAGGAUGACGGUGGUGAGAACGGAGACAAUGAGAGUGAGAGUUCCUUUCCUGCUGGUCGGGAGGGGAGUGCUUUCCCUAAGGCGUUUGAGCGUGAUUUAGUGACACCAACCAAUUUAACAGUGUCACAAAAUACAAGUCGCCAGACGUCUGUAGAAGAAAAUGUGUCACAAGAUUUGUUAAAGGACACAUCUCUUGAAGAAAAGAAGGAUGGGGAAAGAUCAGUUAGCAUGGAGAGUUCUGGGGAUGAAGCCUACACAAUGAUUCGGAAAAUGGAGCAACGGAGGAUGUCAUCUCUGGACCAUCAUUGGGCUGUUCCGAAGCAGAAGGGGAGCCAGGACAGCAAGGACGGAGACGGGGAGGUAGACACCAAAACUAAAGAUGACCUGUGCCAUGUCUUAGCUGAAACAGCUGAAGGGUUGGAUGAACAGAGGGGGAAUGGAAACCUCAUCAAAUCCUCUUGUCAUGAUUCUGGCAUCGAUAUCCGUGAUGCAGAUCAGCCCCCACUGCCUCCUAUCAUCCCAUGUACUAAAAAGGUUUUCUCUGAUGCAGACAUAGUCAUGGCAUCAAAGAAUGACUUUGUACCUCCCAUAACGGUUGCCCCCACUAACUACUUAACAGAACUCGAGCAACAAUCUAGUGAUGAUGCUGCCAUAUCAGGAUCCAUGUUAGCUGCUGCUCCUACGUCAAGGAAGAAGACUUCUUCAGUCUCCUUUUCAGUUGAUGAUGAAGGAAAAGAGGGGAAAGAAAACAAAGAAGAAGAUGCAGACAAGCAGGAAAGCCGUAAAAAUAAGGUGUUAAAGAGGUUAUCAUAUCCCUUGGCCUGGAUGGAGGGAUUCACUGGUGAUAAGGAUGAGAAGGAUUCUCUCCCCGGCCUACCUUCUUCUGCGGAUUCUCAAUCCCAGCACUCAUCAGUGUUCUCAAAAGUAUUUUCUAGUUCGCCAAUCAAUCUGGUGUCGGACUUUGGAUCGGGACUCUUCUUGAUGAAAACUCCUAGCGAAGAGAGUGGGGGCUCGGGCGGCACAAGGGGAGCGUCUCCAGGGCCUCCGCAGACGCCUGGGCUUGGCCCCACGGAUGCACCCCCCGCACCCCCCGCACCCCCGAGCCCAGAAAUAAGAGAAGUGCUAAAGGAGGGCAUUGAAACAGGAUUUUCUGUGGUUGGUAACACGGCCACGUCAAUUAUCAGUAGCGUUAGUAAUGUCGGGAGGUCAUCUGUGGGCACUUUCAUCGGAAGACAACAGACUGAAACCAAGGAGCCAAAAGAGCGCAAGCCCCCUGCACCGAAGCUGGACAUCAGGAGCAUGGUUGAUGUGGAUGAAAUGCCAGACCUCUUUCGCUCAAUAGACCUCCAUGCUCAUGCUCCUAAUUUUCCUCUACUUGAUGGACUUGAAUUAAUACCUCAGCCAGCCCGAUCAUGUGAGGAUCCUCCUUUGUACUUAAGGCUGAGGAUGGGCAAACCUGUCAAUAGAAAAAUUCCCAAGUCAACACCCAUUAUGUCAUAUGGAAAGAAGAAAAUGAGGCCAGAAUAUUGGUUUGGAAUACCUCGAAACAGGGUGGAUGAUUUGUACAAGUUCCUGCACUUGUGGAUUCCUCACUUGUACGGAGACUUAGAAGAAAUGGACUACAAGUCUCGUGGUUAUGAACUUGUGGAAUCCGACACCGAAUUGUGGGAUGAUGAGCCAGGAAGCGAGAGCCAAGGAGAAGGUGGUCGCAGAGGCAGCGAUGAAGGCGAACUUGGAGAGCUUACCAGGGAAUCUUGGGAGAUGGUGAAGGCCCCAUAUGCUAAGCUCUACAAUAUCAUCAAGACUCAGACCAUGUCUGCUGACUCAGAACAGUGUGAUGAGUUGGUGUCUAUGAGCGAAGAGCUUCGAAGAGCCCUGUAUGCUACAAAUUCAGCGAGCUUCGACCUCGAAAUCCUGGUUCCUGACCUGGUUGGUGUGACGGAGAUUCUCACAGAGGACCACCGCAAGGAACUCUGUCGGCACCUACCUGCGCGAGCUGAAGGCUAUGUGUGGACUUUGGUGUUCAGCACUUCCCAACAUGGCUUCUCGCUCAAUUCUAUGUAUCGCAAAAUGCAGAGGCUUGAAAGCCCUAUUCUUUUAGUUAUUCAGGACACUGACAACAAUGUGUUUGGUGCUCUUACCUCCUGUGCACUGAAAGUCAGUGACCACUUUUACGGAACUGGAGAGUCACUACUGUUCCGGUUCCAACCUCAAUUCCAGGUCUACAAUUGGACUGGAGAUAACAUGUAUUUCAUUAAGGGCAACAAUGAAAGCCUUGCCAUUGGUGCUGGAGAUGGGCGCUUUGGCCUUUGGCUAGAUGGAGAUUUAUACCAAGGCCGGUCCCAGUCUUGCAGUACUUACGGGAAUGAUCCACUGUCAAUCAAUGAAGACUUUGUCGUCAAAACAUUGGAAUGCUGGGCUUUCAUUUAAGAGGAAUGCACCAGCAGCAUCCGCAGCGUGGCUUGCUACCAUUCCCAACUUAGAAUACUAGUCGUCUUUUUAAUUAUUGUGUGUGUACCCUGCCCUGGAACGUCAUAAACAUAUGUGCAUCAUAUCAGCUGUUUGUGUGUUUCCUCACAACUUGCUAAAUUGUGUUUUAUUGUGAGAUAUAUUUGUGUUAAUACUGAUUAUUUAUGUCUUUAGUUUGUUUCCCCUUUUAUGUCAACCACAUAACUUGUGUUCAAAUUAUUAUUAUUAUCAGUAACCAUGGAGUAUUCUAUCAAGUUUUGUUGCAACCUUUGCGCAAGGCUUGAAGAAUCUGUCAAUGUGAAACAAAUAAUGAACUGUUGCUUUAACUUGAUUAGGCUUGAUUGUUUUAUCAAAUUACGUGUCAUGAGGCAUUGACCUUAUUUCAUUAUGAUACUUCUGAUAGAAUGGCAAUAUUCUUGAAGUGGUCAGAGUAGAGGCUUUAUGCUGCCAAGUAAUGCAAGUAAUUUUCAAUAGGUGAUUUUUUUGUGUGAAACUCUAUAGGAGGUCAUAUUUGUGUGAAACUCACUAGGGUGCUACUAAACAUAGGAACAGGCAUUGAUAAUGUAACAUUGCUCUAGUAUGUUAUUUUCAUAUUGUCUGUCAGUUUAAAGUAGAAUAGAUCAAAAUAUUUUGCAUGUUUUUGCCAUGAAAUAAUGUAUUUGUGAAUCUAUAUUACUGUAUGAACAUAUGUUUGACUGUGGUAGAGUUAUAUCAGAAACUAGUUGCUCAAAAGUUUCAAUUCAAUGUAGUUACUAAUAUUGUGAUGAUGUCAAUGUGCUUUACCAAUCCUCUCAUUAUAAGGAGAGUACUCUGUGUAGCUAGUAAUAGCAGAGUUGUGUAAAAAUUAAUCACGUGUUAAAAAAAAAGCAGAAACCAAUUGUCAGUGCUUGUUAACAUACCAUUGGGGAAACAAACCAAUGGCCAUCAUUGAUGCAGUUCCGCCUGCACACACAUAGUUGUAAAUAGAAUAUAAAUACAUGUAUUAUAAAUACCUUUUAUAUUUAUACUGUUUUAGAACUUGUUGAUUUUUUUUUCUCAACACAGAGCUUUGUAUCAAUUAGUUGUUGCGUAUAUGUCAUCAUAUGUCUAUGGAUCAUUCUUGUGUGUUGUGAAGUUGUUUAAAUGUUUCAUGAUUGUUAGGAUGAAGUGAACUAAUUGUUUCAAAUUCUGUCUGUGCAUUACAACUCAGACAUUUUUGAAGAACCCCAUUAUGGCUCUAGGUCAGUCUUGAUUUAUAUUGCUUGUAUGAAGUCUGGUCAAAUUCACUUUCCUGGCUGCCAAGUUCUCUAAUGAAUCAGUACACACUUGAAUCUACAAAGGUUAUGAAAUAGCUGUUUGAUGGAGAAAAGAAUGAAUCCUUCAGUGAACAUUAACAUUUCUCUUACUGAGGUGGCUCCUAAUAAGCAACCAUCUUAGUAAGUUUCUUUAGUACAAACUCUAUUUUAUAUAUAAUAAUGGACCAAAACAAUAAUCUACCUUGUCCUAUUCUCUCCUUAUCACAAGAGAAAAUUGGGAAUUUCAUUUUAUCAUGUCGACUUGUUUGAUCUUAUUCUGGGGAAUUCGAGGCAUACAUAUUUGCCUGCCAUAAAGACAGUGAGAGAUAGGAUUAGGCUGAGACAAUGGGAAUGCAAAGCAAGAGUGUGAUGGGGAUCAAGAUGCUAAAUACUUAAAGCUACGCUGAACAUGUAUAUAUUUAUUGUUGUCUUUAGUCAGUGGAUGUUCGUCAUUGCAUAGGAUGAUUCAAGGAAGAGAAACAACAGCAAUAGAAGUGUGGUAUUUUCUUCCAUGUUUAAAUACCAUGGCUAAAGUAUCACUCUGUAGAAUUAGCUUCAUGUGUGUUUUCCAUGCAGAUUUAGAAGAAUGAAAAGUAUUUGAGACGUUUCAUUUAAAACAUAGAAAAGUCAGUGUUGCUCCUUUAACCAGUCAUAUUCGAGUCAGUUUUUGCCCAGCUUUUCGUUAGAAGGUGCCCUUUUCAAUCUGUGCUGUACUAUUGUUGUGACCGAAACAAGACUUUUUAUAGAGCAAAGAUGUGCCAUGAUGCCAAUACUUUUGUUACUGGAUAACUCAACCCAUUUCAAAUAAUCUUCAUAUUUUGUCAUUUUUCGUUUUGCUGAGUUGUUUUGCUCGUUCAACUAAGUUGCUUGUUCAGCCAAAUUAUUCUUUCAAUCUGUUACAUCAGAUUUGUGAUUCUUUUAUUUUGUUGCAGCUUUUCUAGUUUGUUUUUCUGUUGUCAUUUUUUUUCUUUUUUUAAAUUAUUUUGGUGAGAUGUACUUUUGCAAAGAGACUGAGAGGAAUGUGGAGCCUGUAGUUUUACUUUUCUGUUAAUGUAUAUAUGUAUAAAUUUAACGUUAUUAAAAUACUUUCACUGCACAAUUUGCCUUUGCAUUUAAUAAAGCCUUUUCAUUUU